UAGUACCAGCCAGUAUGUUCACUGUCACUUCUGUUUCAGUGUCUCACUUUCUCUUCAUGUCGCCUGCAGAUCUGUAUUGAUCUAUGUUGUCUUACCUCCCUCCUUCCUGUUCAGGGGUUAUGGCUCCUGCCCGUUUAAUCCCAUCACGGAGGAUUGGUGACAUCAGGGCCAAUCCUCUGCUGACCAGCGGGGGAUCAGCCUGGAUGAAGAGCAGUGGGACAGAAGGGAUCAGUCAGAGUGAAGAAGCGACCAGACCAGUUGAAGGAAUACAGUCGAUGAGCUCCUAGGAGCCAAUACUUUUUUUCUGUUUGUUGGGGAUCCCGCCAUUCAAACGCAAGCAUGGCUCGGGAUAUGUCAGAUAAGGAAAUCCUGAAAAUGGAGUUGGAGCAGUUAAAGAAGGAAGUUAGCACACCUAGGACAGCAGUGGGUGCAAACUGCGCAGAAACCAUCGCUUUCGUGGAGGAACUGCUUCCAAAUGAUCCCCUGAUCAAGGGCGUCCCAGAUGACAAGAACCCCUACAAGGGAGAUAAGGGCGGCUGUAUAGUAACAUAGCACAAAGACAUCCAGGGAAAAGUCACGCUGUUUUGUAUGAGAGACGGUCACACUGCUGUAGUGUUUCUGUAGAAGUGUCGUGGAGAAAAUGUGCAGUAGGAGUAAGACAUAAAAUCUGUAAUGGUGUUGAACCCUGGAGUGAGAGAGACCCUUUUCCAUCACUGGAUUACUGUACGUACCUGUUGAUAUGAAAAUGUUUCUUUAUCAAUUUGUAAUUAAAUCCAAAUAGCUGUAUGAAGCUUU